GCAGAGAAGGAACCGGAAGUACGUCGUCUGUUGUAUCCGCACACAUCCGCAGCAGACUUGUGUAUGAAUUAAUAGAUGUUUAAGCGGUUUCUGCACAUAUUGCAAGACGGCCUGGCUCGCAGGUCCAGUGCCUGUCCGCAAUCCGCAGGAGUUUGAGUUUGGGUGAGCCUCAAAACGGAGCCGCCAGCAAUAUUCGUGCAACAAUGAGCUCGGGACAGCCGGGCGACAGCAAGGAGCCGCGCGCAGACCUGCUUCUGGCGGAGGAGAGCGAUGAAGACAGGUGCUCCAGCAGACCAACCUCUCCGCAGGCGGGCCGCGGGGGCGCCGGGACACAGGUCAGCUGGGAGCUCGAGGCGGCCGCGGACGGCGGGACAGGCUCGGGGGGCAGGGGCUCGAGCGCGGCUGACUCUCUGUUCGCGUGGAUUUGCAAGAGGACAGUCCGCAGGGGGCCGUUUGUAGACCCCGCGCGAGAUAAUUUCCGUAACAUGACACGGCUUUAUUCGUCCAUGAGCCCGGCUACGGAUUCGGUGAACCUCAGUACACAAACCCACGGAGCUGUCUUCAACUUGGAGUACUCGCCAGACGGGUCAGUUUUGACGGUUGCUUGUGAGCAGACAGAAGUGCUUUUGUUUGACCCGGUUUCUUCCAGACAUAUCAAAACACUGGUGGAGGCUCAUGAGGACUGUGUAAACAACAUAAGGUUUCUCGACAACCGGCUGUUUGCGACCUGCUCUGAUGACACCACUAUUGCAUUGUGGGAUUUGCGUAAACUGAACUCGAAGGUGUGCUCAUUGCAUGGCCACGCCAGCUGGGUCAAGAACAUAGAGUAUGAUACUCACACUCGCCUGCUGGUGACGUCAGGAUUUGACGGAAAUGUCAUCACAUGGGAUACCAACAGGUUCACAGAGGAUGGCUGUCCACACAAGAAGUUUUUCCACACACGCUAUCUUAUGCGAAUGCGUCUGACUCCAGACUGCAGUAAGAUGUUAAUCUCCACCUCCUCUGGUUACCUGCUCAUCUUACAUGACCUUGAUCUCACCCAGAGCCUUGAGGUCGGCAGCUACCGCAUCCUACGGUCCCGCAGAGCUCCACUCAGCACAGAAGGUUCAUCAGCAGGUUCUAGGUCAGGAGGUUCCCGUCACACCAUUGACAGCAAAACCCAUCCACACAGAGAGGGUAAGACUUUAAUAUGUGAGGGUCUGUCACCCAGAAACAGUCUUGAGGUUUUAACCCCGGAGAUCCCGGGCGAGAGGGACCGUGGGAAUUGCAUCACCUCCUUGCAACUGCAUCCCAAAUGCUGGGCCACGUUGUUACGAUGCUCCAGCAACAUGGACGACCAGGAGUGGACGUGUGUGUAUGAGUUUCAAGAGGGAGCUCCGCCUCGACCUCCGGUGUCUCCUCGCUCCUCUCUGCGUCUCACGCACUACAUCGAGGAGGCUAAUGUUGGACGGGGCUACAUUAAGGAGCUGUGCUUCAGUCCCGACGGCCGGCUCAUCUGCUCGCCGUACGGUUAUGGCGUGCGCUUGCUGGCGUUCGAUGAGCACUGUGGCGAGCUGGCAGACUGCAUGCCUGUGCGGACGGCUCUGCUGCGGGAGAUUCGCUCCAUCUACUCUCACAGCGAUGUGGUGCUCACCUCCAAGUUCUCACCCACUCACUGUCAGUUCGCAUCGGGCUGCCUUAGCGGACGGGUAGCUCUGUAUCAACCACACUUUUAACACAUACAGAUGCAUUAGAAUUUACACUGAUCGCUGGAUUAUUUGGAAGAAGCUUCUGAUUGGUCUGGGGAUAAUGGGAGAACAAAACUACCUUGAACAGAGUGUGUGAUGUGUUUUUUUUUUUUUUUUUUUUGGUGUGUUUGAGGUCACACUGCAUUUGAAUGACCUUCUACAAGUUUUAUCAUUUUUAGGUGUAAUUGUUCUUUAUGCUGUGUAAAUGUAACGGAAGGAAAGCAAACAGCAUUAGUUUUUCCUCCACAAUAGAGGUUGAAUGAGUCAUGCGAGCGUUAGAGGAUUAUGGGAGAAUUAUCUCUUGGUUGCUCAUCCUGCAGUAACCGUUUAAGUCAAUCAUUUUCAUGCAACUCUAAGGAGUUCAAGCAGAUGGCAAUUUUUGCAUUUUACCAAACAUUUUAGACUCUGCAAUGCCAUAUUCUUUUACAGAAACAUUUUUUUCUGGAAGUACUUCACUUUUACUAAUCGUUCGUUUUAUUUUUGGACUGCUUGUCUGUAACAACACUAACUGAGGUCUUAUUCAUAGAUUGUCAAUACAGUAUGUACCAUGUACGUUUGAGUAUUGGGAUGAAUAUGACUUCUGCCGAUGGUUGACUGAAUGGACUGGGAAUUUUGUACCGUUCUGUUUUUCAAAUGCUUCUGGCCUCUACAUUGACAAUCAGUAGUUAUGAAAUGUUUAGAUGCUCACAUCAGUGGGGGCUUCGGACUCUAGACAUGAGGACAAUGGGAGGAGGCAUGUUUAACUGUUGGAUGAGUGUUUUAUACAGAUAUGUUUAGCUUUCUUAAAAUGAAAAGAAAAAAAAGAGGACAAAAUCUGAACAUUCUGCUUUUCUGAAACUAGUAUCAGUUGGUCAUCCUUCUCAGUUAUUAAAAUAUUGACCGCUCUUGAACAUGGAAUUUUAAAAGCAGAGGAACAGUGAAAGUUACCUUUAUUCAACCACAAUUUCAUUUGAUUCACUUUAUUCAUGUUAACAAUACUAAGGAUGCAGUGGUACAGAUGUAUUAAAUAAAGAAACCUUUUCAUA